AUACCGAAGAGACCCUCCGGUCCGCCUAUCCCUCGUUCGCGAGCGUCUCUCUCCACUACCUCGCCCCUCCCCUCGUUACCAAUCGUUCGCCCGGAACCCCUCGAGAACAUUUUUUGUCCGUGGCGCGCAAUAAAAGUAUUGGAUCUGCGUAGCUGCUCCAUAGCUGUUUGACAGCAAAACUCAGAGAAAGUUACACAAAUUUCACCGUGGAAUCUUCAAAGACUUGAAGGACGACCCCAUGUCAGUUGCCGGGUCAUUACUGGCCCGGUUUAAAGGGUGUGCAUCUCUACCGAGAGAGUUAAGGGGGCGGAUGGAUCAUGCUUAAGUAGAUGCGUUUACUACAUCGAGAGACCGCGGGUAAUUAUCUUCCACCAGUGGUCUGACCUGGCCCGACACUGGACAGCUACAGUAUGUGUCAGCCGCAGGGCAUAUGGGUCUGACUCCUCUGGUGUGAUGCAAGCAUGAUGCGGUGGACAGCAUGGACUCUCUGGUGCCUCCUGCUGUUUGGGGCUGAGAAUGCAGGUUGUGUGCAGGAUGGGCAGUGCUCCCCUGGCUCGGCGGGAUCAGGCCACCCGGUGAAGGGCUACCUGGAGCGCUUUGACGUGGGGCUGGGCUGUGCAGCCAGGGAGAGUGGACCACAGGAGACACAUGUCAUCACUAUAGCCAGGGCAUCCCGCUCGCCCAACCAGCAGGUCACGGUGCUCUUGAGGCCAUUGUCUUACAGUAAGCCGUCCAGUCGGCCCGUGCUGCUGGUGCUGAGCUCCCAGAAUGCCGUGCGGUGGUCGCUGGAGACGGACGGUCCUCCGCUUGUUGCCCCCGUCAUGGCUCUGAUGUCCCCCAACUCCUCCGUGGAGUCUGAGAGUGUGGUGGGGAUGCGCUGGCAGCUGGAGGAGGGGUUGCCGUGGCGACCGAGGGCCCUACUGCACUGGAGCCUGCAUCGCUAUGGGACCAUCUCCUCCCUCACACACGCCAGCCAUGCCAACCGCGUAUACAUACGCCUCGGAGAGGAUUCCACCUUGUCCAGGGAGUGCCACCUGCAGCCUCUGUUUCUGUCCCGUAACUACUUGACCUCCGAUGUGCAGCCACAGGAAGUGCAGGGCUGCCUCCUACCAGGUGCCGAGUCUGACCCGGAAGUACAUGUCAUCAAACUCUGGUCUGCAGGAUCUGGGCUCUGUGGCUCUCUGCAGGUGGAGGUGACUGUCUCGAUAGUGCCCCCAGUGGCCAGCAGGGGAUCACACAAGCUGGUUCUGAUUCUCAGCAGCGCGGCCCCAGUGAACUGGGCCGUCAGUGCCGCAGGAAUCCAGGGACAAAUAUUUGUCUACGCCUCCAACAGCGUGACCCCGCUUUACCCCGCCAGGCCAGACCUGACCAUGACCAGCACGCUCAGCUACGACCUGCUCUCUACCGCCAAUCUCCUGGACUGGGCCAAUCAGAACGGCUUUCCCCGAGUCACCUCCUACACGGAGGCCGACCUGGCCAAUCGCUUCGUGAUCCGGCUGACGGGGGGCGGGACGGAGCGGAGUGUGAGGGUCCCCAUCAGGCCUCCAUGGGUGGGGCAGCCCAGGGUGGGCUCCGGGCCCUGGUCGACUGGAGACGGGGAGGCUGAGACGGCCGUCAGUGUCCGGUGUCUGGAUGGUCAGCUGGUGGUGGCCGUGGACAAACACACCCUACAGGCCCUAUCUCUCCCUCUGGCGGCGGUGACCUUGCGUGACCCCAGCUGCCAGGCCCGCUCCAACGGCAGCCAUUUCCUGUUGGCGUUCCCAGUCAUUUCCUGUGGGACCGAAGGCCUUAUGGAGGGCAGCUCCCCGACGUUCCAGUAUAAAAAUACGGUGUUGUUAUGGAGACAAGCAUUGCCAGCUCCGACUUCUAAUGACACAGAGCAGGAGUGGAGCAGAGAGCAGCCUCCAGUGGCUAUACAUUUCAGCUGUGAGGCUCCGGCCCCCAGUCUCGGAAGGCAAGCUGUGGUGCCCCCUGCCCCUGCCCCUGCCCCUGCCCCUGCCCCAGGCGAGCGCUCCCCUGUUGGGCGUGGGGGCUCCCGUUCUCCCUGGUCCCCAGGUCGCUUGCUCCCUGUGUACACCAUGCAGCUCUUUGUGACGGAGCACUAUGAGAAGAGGCAGACCGGGCCCUGCGUCAUCACGGCCCAGAACCGCGUCUACGUACAGAUUUCCGCAGAGGGGGCCUUCAAAGGGAGUGCGGAGGUCCAGUCGUGUGUCGUGUCCCCCCACUCCGACCCCCGAAGGCUGCCCAACUGGCCUGUCAUCCUGGAAGGCUGCUCACGGGACCCCUCUGUCCUCCUCACCCCCCUCCGGAAAAAGAAGAGGAAGAAGGGAAUGGAAGACGAAGAUAUACCAGGGGAGGAAGAGGAGGAGCAGAUGAAGAGGCACAUAGAAGAGGAGGAGGAGGAGGAGGAGGAGAGGGACACAGAGGAACGGGAGGAUGAGGAGGAGGAAGAGGAUGUUGUUGGAAGAACCUGGGCAGCCAGUCAGUCACUAGCUGGCCAGACUGUGAGAAAAACAAAGAAGAGCAAGAGAGGUGUCACGAGCGCAGGGAGGGCGGAGGAUGGAGGGAGGGAGGUGAACACCUCUCACCUGAGGUUUAGUUUUGUACUGCAGCCCGUCUUCAACAACUCCAUCCAUUUUCUACACUGUAGCCUGCGCCUGUGUAGCCCCGCUGCCCACAUCAGCACCACACAGACCACGGCAGAUGCCUCGGGAGAGGAGAGCAGAUGCCAAAAAGGAGUGACCAUCCCUGCCCUCCUGAAGGCACAGCUCCCCACUCAGAAGUGUGAGUACAGAAAUCUGUCCAGACCGAUGCUGGUCACCUCUCCAAUGAAACUCGCUAAACAUCUAGCUCCCCCCGCUGCCCCGAGGCAUAUCAAAGGCAAUGGGAAUGAGGUGGCCGUACCUAAGCCCCUGCGCACCGGCCUACCAGGUAAUGAGAUUGAGAAGCCCAGAGUUCUAGAGCCGCCACGACCUAGUCCUCUACAAAGUGCCUCAGGUGUGGGCACUGGUCCAGUGCUGGGCAUUGUGUUUACUGCGUUUCUGAUGGGCAUUUGCCUGAUGGGGGCGCUAUGGUGUGUCUACACUCGGACAGGGAAGAGAGGAGACGAGCAACAGGGCUUGUCCAACAUGAGUGGAGGAGCGUGGAACAGCGCCGCACUUAUGGAGCAGCUAUCCAACACAGCUGUCUAGAGGCCGCUUCAGAAAAACACGGGGAGGCAAACCACUUUCAACGCAAACCACUUUCGUGUUUGUGCAUGUGUACGACGAACGAGUGUGUGACGUGAAAUCCACUCAUGUUUGCCUGUGUUUGACGGUGUGUGUGUGUGUGUGUGUGUGUGUGUGUGUGUGUGUGUGUGUGUGUGUGUGUAUGUGUGUGUGUGUGUUCGUGUGUGUCUUUUGUUGUUGUAUUGUAUAAUUGUUGUAUAAUUGUUGUACUAUGUAUUAUGUUGGUGUACUAUAUCUAUUUGUAUAUAUUUGACAGCCCGUGUCUAAGAGGUGACCAUUCUUACAGUACGGUACAAAAGAUGUGAAUUAUUUUUUACCACUAGUUGCCAUCAGACUCACAACCCACCUGUUUUGAAUAUAUAUAAGUACAAGCCAUUUUUAUCAUUCAUGCUGUGUUUACAGACUUUACAGCAGAUAGGCAUGAUCAAUGUGCCUUUGUGUGUCUGUGUGUGUGUGUGUGUGUGUGUGUGUGUGUGUGUGUGUGUGUUUGCGUGUGUGUGUGUGUGUUUGAGCGUGUGUGUGUGUUUGCACACGUGUGUUUGCGUGUGUGUGUGUGUGUGUGUGUGUGUGUGUGUGUGUGCGCGCGUGUGUACAAAUCAACAUUGCAUUACCAUUGCCAAGAUAACUCCGUCAGUGCACAGCAGUGCGUCUGGUUCUAAGGUGCUGUUUGCUGCUAUUGUUUCUGUGCGUGCUAAAGAGAAGAGCUACGAUGUAAACAUGCUAAAGAGAAGAGCUACGAUGUAACUGUCAUGCUAAAGAGAAGAGCUACGAUGUAACUGGCAUGUGCUAAAGAGAAGAGCUACGAUGUAACUGUCAUGUGCUUUAACUGGGAUUUUAUGUACAGUUGGUUAGUUGGUCAUGUUGGUUGAUGUUGGUGCAUAAUGAAAUACAGUUGUUUUGUGCUGCA